AUGAAGUGGGUCGUCGAAUCGUCUCCGGCGGCUGUCACCCGGCGGAGCGGAAAAACGGCGACUUUGCGGCUCUCCGGCGGCUGUCACCCGACGGAGAGGGGCUGGAUGGAGGUGAGGCGCGUGUUAGGGAGCUUCAUCCUCAGGUCCGCGCAGCAAGAGGAGGCUCUUCAUCGCAUCUGGUACGCUCUCAGGAGGUGGCGACUGGUCUCCCGGCGGAUCGUCCUCUUCCCGACGACGGCUUGUUCGUCGAUCAAUCGGAGAUGAUUUACUCGAUGGAUUGCGAUCCUUUUAUCGCGAAUCGUUCAGAAAUUUUAGUAGCAAUGCUCCGCGAAUCGCGUUGACGAGAUUUUUGCCGAUGAUCUAGCGAUUCCGGUUGCUUAAUCCUUUACCGGCGAUCUGCAGGAAAGUCGCGAUAAUCAGUUAAAAAUAUAUGAAUUUUGACUCUGGGAGGAUUCGAACCCGCGGCGGUCGCCCGCCCCUGAACAAGGUGGAUUUAGUCCCACAUCGGUUGUGUGCGGAUUAUUCGGGCGAUUAUAUAGUAAAGUUAGCUUUCUAGGCAAAGUCCUCUCGCGUGUACGACCACUCCUUGCCCCACAGCCGGCUGACCACCGGUGACGUGGAAGGGGAGUGGCGCACACGUGCCCCUAUCGAUCCAAGCAAGCCGCUCCAGCCCCUGCUCGCGGCUACUCCCCGACUACGCUUCCGACCUGCUUGCAGGCCCGGCUGGCUGGCGGAUCCCCCCAUUUUGCAAUAUUUUUAUUUUUAUUUCUUGUUCUUCGUUUUAUCUCAAAACUCAGACUGUAAAAAUCGUAUAAAAUCACAUAAUUACCCAAAAAUUCACGUUAAUCAACUGAAAACCACUUUUCAUGCUUUAACACAAAUAUAAGUCUAUUUAUCAUGAGUUAAGGCUAAAACUAUAUUAUUUACUAAUUAUUAACUCAUGAUAAUGAAGACUUAUCAGUGAGCUUAAGGUUUCUAGUGGCAUGAAUUCCUUGAGACAAAUGUGUGUGUCUUGUGGUGUGGAGGCACUCAAAUGCAUGUGAGAGGAAAAAUAAUUUUCAUCUAAGAAUGAUUUUUAAUUGCUUGGAACAUUGAAAGGAGUAAUUAUUAUAAAUAAAUAAUUUUCUAGAUAUUGACUUUGAAAAUAAUUAUUAAGUAUCACCCAUUAAUUAAGGGAUACUCUUAUAAUUAGUUUUAGACUAAAUUUUGGUUAUUUUCUUAGUUUAUCUUAUAGUGUUGUGCCUUUGAGUUUAUCACUUUUUUUCUCUAUGAAUAGUAAGUAGAAAAAUUAAAUAAAUGUUGCCCAAUGUUAGUUUAACUCUUGAGCAACUAGAGAUGUUGAUGUGGUGGCUUGGUUUUGUCAGGUCGAGUUACACUAUGACAAAAGUCACAAAGGUAUUUCAUAAGUUUUCAUUAUCAUGAGUUAAUAAUUAAUAAAUAAUAAAGUCUUAGCUUUAACUCAUGAUAAAUAGACUUAUAUUUAUGUUAAAUAAUGAAAAUUAAUUUUUUAUUUAUAAUUUUUUUGGCUUAUUAUGUGAUUUUAUAUGAAUUUAUAUGAUUUUUAUAGUCAUAUUUGUGAGAUAAAUAAAGAAAAAGAAAUUUAAAUAAAAAAUAUAAAAAGGGAGGGACCCACCGACCAAUUGGGCCUACAAGUAGGUUGGAAGCGUAA